CACCAGAAGAACUCUCAGUUCGAGUGCUCAGUUCUGUACGUUUUUAAUGUGUUUUACAGUAUUUGUGAGAUUUAUAUUUUUCUAUACAUGUUGUUUUUCUCUCUUUGGCGUUUAAAUGACCGUGCAAACAGCUUAUUGUCGACGCACGUCGAUUGAUUUGUGAGGGACUCUUUAAAAUCUUCUAUUUCAGGAGAAACAAAGAGACAUAUUAUAGUAUCAUGGUUAAUUUCCUAUAUGAGCGCUUUAAAUCCAGCGGCGUAUUGUAAAUGUGUUUAAUGAAGGCAUUUAGUGACAAUAUUUCAUGACAACGUUGUGACAACCAGUUAACGGACUAGAGCACCGCGCGCAGAUAAUCGGAGGACUGCGCAUGCACCUCAAUUUAUAACGGUCGAUUUCCAGUGGACUGACGCUAAGGCAUAUUCCAGGAGGACAAUGCCAAGAUUCAUCGGGCUCAAAUUGUGAAAGAGUGCAGGGAGCAUGAAGAAUCAUUUUCACACAUGAAUUGGCCACCACAGGGUCCUGACCUUAAACUCAAUGAAAGUCUUUAGGAUGUGCUGGAGAAGACUUUAUGGAGUGGUUUGACUCUCCUGUCAUCAAUACAAGAUUUUGACCAAAACUUUAUGCAAAUCUGGAUGGCAAUAAAAGUUGUGACAUUGCAUAAGUUUGCCAAAACAAUGCCACAAUGAAUGCACACCGCAAUCAAUGCUAAAUGCGGUCCAACAAAAUAGUAGAGUAUGCAAAAUCCAGGCAGUGUAUUUUUGUAUGCAAUCUCUACACUGUCUCACAAAUCUCUUGGAGUUACCCUCAUAAACCCCCCAGGGGUUUACGAACCCCCGUUUGGGAAACCUUAGCUUAUGGCAUUGCACUGUAAAUAUAAGUGCAAGUACUUAAAGGGUUUUAAAAUCUGGACCUUCAGGAAUUAUCGAAUGAGUGCACUGCAAAGGACCCUUCUGUCAAGCUCCUGAAGUAUGCAGACAACACCACGGUCAUCUGCCUCAUCACUCUGGACCCCACAAACUCUGCCCACUCCCUCUUUGAACUGUUGCCCUCUGUCCGACACCACAGAGCACUGAGCGUCAGGACAUCCAGGCACAAGAACAGUUUUUACCUUCAGGUUAUUUACUACAUGAACAAUUAAACUGCCUUCAGGACUCCCAUAGUGAAAUAAUGUAUAAAUAUGUUAUAUACAUAUUUAAUUAAAUAACUGUACCAUCUUUCGGAUGAGACAUUAAACUGAGGUCCUGACUCUCAGUGGUCACUUAAAAUCCCAUGGCACUUAUCGUAAAGAGUAGGGGGUGUAAUUCUAGUGUCCUGGCCAAAUUCCACCCAUUGGACCUUGUCUAUCAUGGCCUCCUAAAAACUCAUCCAUUAAUUGGCUGUAUCAGUCCACUGUCUGCUUUCCACUAACAGUUGGUGUGUGGUGGGCGUUCUGGUGCAAUAUGGCCGCUGUCGCAUCAUCCAGGUGGAUACUUCACACUGGUGGCUGUUGAGGAAAGUCACCUGUUCACUGUGUAAUGCACUUUGAGUGUAGCACCAGAAAAGGGCUAUAUAAAUGCAACAUUCAUGCAUUCAAAUACAUUUAUGAAAAUAUUUAUUUUGCUGAACAUUUUUUUAAAUAGUAGCCUUAAAACAUUUAGAAACUUUUAAUACAGCUGCCAAAAUUGUAAUUAAGUCUAAUAGAUUAGCAUAUUAUAUGGCAACAUAUUUGUCAAAAUACCACAGUUACUGCUGUAAAAUAAUGGUACAUUUUAGUAAAGGUGAUGAUUUUAAAAACCUUUAUUUUGGCUGAUGUCAAACUAAGCAGAGCAGAACCCAAAUUGUCUGACCUCAGAGUUUCUUUUUUAUUAUUCUUCCCCUUGACUGCAGUCUACUUUCAAGGUGAGGUGUUUGGCAUCUCAGAUAAGCCUGUUCUCAGUUUUUGUUUGCAAGCAUGGAGUCACUUCCAUCACUUUCACAAACACUUGUGUUUUUGACCCACAUGUUUAUGCCCACAAUUUUAAAAUGUCAUGAUGCAUUUUGAUCACAUUCGGUGAAAUGUUUUUGCCUAUAUAUAUAUUACUGUGGCAGGGUGAGCAAUAGACAGAUACAAUAGCAGCAUUUCCACUAUUGGGCCAGAGCGAGCCAGGGCUAUCAACUGGCCAGUCAGGGCCAAUAGCCUCGGACCUUGAGCCCCGAGGCCAAAAUCGAUCUGCAUUCCCACCAUUGAGCCAAUAGCCCCGCAACAUUGCCCUAAAACACGCCCUUAAUAUGACACCCUGGUGCCAAUGUCACACAUCAUGCCCAGCACACUGUCCAUUAUUUCAAACCAUGGAAAUUUCUUUCUUUGCUUUGUCCAUUUUAACGGAUUUGUACUGUGCCCACAAUUAGUAUUUUAUUUUUCCUGAACCUGUACCAUUGUGUGCUGGCUACAAAACCUGACAAGGUUGGUGAAACUCCACCUUUGACAUCGACCCCAUCUCAAUCCCCUGUUGGCCUUGUUUGGCCCAAAGGUAAUCGGUGGGACAAAGGCUAUUGGCCGUUGGCCCUGACAAAGGCCUGUGGAGGCAUGAUGAAGCCCUGGAAGUGACAGUGGAAACGCAACUGGCCCUGGCAUGCACUAGCACGCCCUCAUUUGGACUGAUAGUGGAAACGCUGCAACUGUGUGGCGUCAGUCCUCAGAGAGGUGUUUUAUUAUAACAAACAAAUUAAAAUGUUCAAUAAUGGGAAUUAAUGUGUCCUGGCAUCCUUGUGGUGAAACGGGGCUCUGUGUAGGAUGAGUGCUUGUCCAAAGAAAUGGUCCAAGAUGUGGGGAUCGAGGGGUGGCAGCUUCUAUGGUCUUCUCAGGCUAUGGCUUGAGGGGAAGGAUGACCUGGCAUCCUAGCCCGUCAGCCACUACGCAUGAUGUCGUCCCAGGCGGCACAUCUAAUUCAGCCGGUACCCUCCCCGCACUGCUCCUGGACCUGCAAGGAUGCAGGUUAAACAUGACAGCCACAGGAUGUUCAUCAUGAGAGAGCAGAUGAAUGUGAUCCACGCUGGACAACAGAUGAUGCAGAUACCAGUGAAGAUGUGUUCAGUGAAGCUGAUGAAGAUGAGUGAAGAAAUUAAAGUAGAGGACCAACAGAGUGAUGAAGAUGACGAUGAAUUCAAAGAGGAACAACAGAGUGACGAUGAUUACGAAGAAACCACAACAGAAGAAGUACAGAGUGAUGAUGAUGAUGAUGAUUUUAUUCCUUCAGAGCUGAUGGAAGUGAAAGAGGAACGUCAAGAGCUGAAUGAAGUGGAGGAAAUACAUCAUGAUUUCACAACUGGAGAAAAAUCUUUGAGUUGCUCUCAGUGUGGAAAAUGUUUCACAAAUGAAAGACAACUUAAUGUGCACAUUAGAUUUCACACUGGAGAGAGGCCUCACAUGUGCCAGCAGUGUGGAAAAGGUUUCAAAGACAAACGAAACCUUAAUAAGCACAUGAGGAUUCAUAGUGGAGAGAAGCCUCACAUGUGCCAUCUGUGUGAAAAGAGCUUCACGCGUAAAGAACAUCUUACUUUGCACACAAGAGUUCACACUGGUGAGAAGCCUUAUACGUGCCAACAGUGUGGAAAAGGUUUCAAACGUAAAGAUCACCUUAAUAUGCACUCAAGAAUUCACACAUUAAAAAAGACUUACGACUGCCAACAGUGCGGAGAAGGUUUCAAACGUAAAAAACACUUUCAUCUGCACACAAGGAUUCACACAAAGACGCCUUACACGUGCCAACUGUGUGGAAAAGGUUUCGUAUGUGAACGUAGUCUCGCAUAUCAUCUCCUCUGCCACUCUGGAGAAAGACCAUUUAAAUGCGAUAAAUGUGAUAAAACAUUUGUUUUGAAUUCAGGCCUGCAAAAACAUCUGAAAACUCACACAGAUGAGAAGCCUUACAAGUGUUCUUUUUGUGGAAAGAGUUUUGCAUGUCUGUCCUAUUUGAAAGACCACCAGAAAAUACACAGUGGUUCUGGGGCUCAUAUGUGCUCUGAGUGUGGGAGGACCUGCACUACAGCCGCUCACUUGAAAGAGCACCAAAGGAUCCAUACUGGAGAGAAACCUUUUAUGUGCUCGUACUGUGGAAAGACUUUCACUCGGCCAGAGCACCUGAAAAAACAUGAGAGAAUCCACACUGGAGAGAAACCUUACAAGUGCUCACACUGUGGAAAGAGUUUCACUCUGUCACAAAACAUGAAAGCACAUGAGAGAAUUCAUACUGGAGAGAAACCAUACCACUGCUCUUCAUGUGGAAAAGGUUUCAACCGAUCAGGUCAUCUACAGCAACAUGUUAAAAGCAAUUGCCCAAGUAGUCGCAGUGAGCAAGAAUCAUCUUCAGGUCCAACGAUGUCAAGGAAAUAGUUUGAUAUUCAGAUAAACCCAAAGAAGGAAUUUCUCCCAAAAUUGCAGCAUCGUUUAUAGGCUUGGGUAUACUUUGUGUUUCUGUGUUCCGGAUCGCCUCACACACGGUCGAGCCUUUCAAACUGUACUCUUCAAAGUUCAAAAAGACUCUAAGUAAAAUACUAUGUUACUGUACUUAGCUUGUUUUUAUUUGUACUUCAGUAUUUCCAACUGUUGCAAGUUUUACUUCUCUUUUUUACUUUAGAACCAGACCCGAUACAUGUAUACUGACCAAUCAGCAGAACACCUUUAACCCCCACUGUACUCACGUUGUGACCAUUUGCAGAGCCCCAAUGCACAAACUCCGCAGCCAGUAGGCUGAGAGAUCCCUAUCCGCAGUCUCUGGAAUGCAACUGAGUUGUUUUCAUAAGGAAUAGGGGGUUUUAACACAGAAAUGAAUUACUUUGUACAUUUUUAGACUAAUAAAUACUUUUUGCUACAGACCCUCUUGUUACUUAAUGUCACGACUGGAUCGGAGCAGUGCCAAAUUAGUAGUUUAAGUACUUUGAAAAAUACGGUAGAACCUUAUGACCACCUGCCCAAUAUGCUGUUGGUCCUCCGCAUGCCACCACAACAGUGCCAACCCACCGAUGCAUGGACUCUACCAGACCCCUGAAGGUGUCCUGUGGUAUCUGACACCAAGACAUUAGCAGCAGAUCCUUCAAGUCCUAUAAGUGGCGAGGUGGAGCGGCCAUGGAUUGGACUUGUUGGUCCAGCACAUCCCACAGAUGCUCAAUCGGAUUGAGAUCUGGGGAAUUUGGUGGCCAGGGCAACACAUUGAACCAUUCCUGAACAAUCUGUGCAGUGUGGCAUGGUGCAUUAUCCUGCUGAAAGAGGCCACGGCCAUCAGGGAAUACCAUUGCCAUGUAGGGGUGUUCUUGGUCUGCAACGAUGUUUAGGUUGGUGGCAUGUGUCAAAUUGCCAUGGUUUCACAGCAGAACAUUGCCCAGAGCAUCACACUCCCUCCACCGGCUUGUGGUUUCCCCACAGUGCAUCCUGGUGCCAUCACUUCCCCAGGUAAACAGCGCACACGUACACAGCUGUCCAUGCUAAGUAAAAGAUAAAUUGACUCAACAGAUCAGGUGACCUUCUUCUGCUGCUUCAAGGUCCUGUUCCGAUGCUCAUGUGCCCAUUGUAGGUGCUUUCGACGGUGGAUGGGGUAAUCAUGGGCACUCUGACCGGUCUGCAGCUACGCAGCCCCAUAAGCAGCAGGCUGCGAUGCACUGAGUGUUGUGACACAUCCCUCCCGUAACCAUCAAUAAAAUAUUCUGUGACUUGUGCCACAGUAGACCUUCUGUUGGUUUGGACCAGAUGGGAUAGCCUUCAUUCACCUUGCGCAUCGAUGGGCCAUGGGCGCCCAACACCCUAUAUCUGUGGUGUAGGCUAAUGCAUGGAUGUAUAUUUGUGUGGGUAACAAAAACAUAACAAAAAACAAAACUCAUAUGAGGAAAGCCAUCAAAUACAAACGCCUCUUCAAUGCUCCGAUUACUAAAACUUUGUGCUUUUACUUUUAUGAAGUUCUCAAAAGAAAUUAGCAAUUGUUUACUUGUAUGUGAACUUGUUUGGCUGAAUAAUCCAAUGUUAUAUCUUAGAUGUCCAGUACAAAAUAUGCCAUCCAGAAGGAAAAGAAUGCUAAUAAAAUAAUCUGAACAUAUGUUUUCGACAUUUGAUGAUAAAUUAUAUAUCAUCACAAAGCUUUCUAAUGACCCUAAAUUGAUCUUAUAGUCCACUCAGAGGCCGAUAUAUUCAAUUAAAUAAUGAAGGUGGUGCUUGAACUUAAAAUUAGACUGAAUGUCUAUGAACGAGCACAUCUGUGAAGGCUCAAAUGCGCUAGAGCGCCCCCUACAUUUCAGAUCUGUACAUUGUGAUGGAAUGUGAUAGAGAGAAAAAAAGUCUAGUGCUUUCUGCCUUCAAGUGGAAUAAAAAGAUACUUUUCAAUGUGAGGUUAAGUGAACAGAACCAGAAUUACAUGUUUACAAAUUUAGAACAAAAUUAUUAUUAAAUUUUUUUCUACAACAUUAUUGUUUAUCAUAUGA